UGUCUGGUGAAUUAAAAGAUCGAGAUCCUGCAUUGAAUGUCAAUGCAUACAAUCUGAUUGCUAAUAACUUUGGCCCAUACCAACCAAAAGAUAUUCAGUUUCCACGAUGGCUAGAGUACAGUCCAAUUAACGAUGCAGCCUUCUGUUUUUAUUGUCGAUGCUUUCCACCAUCUAAUAAAUAUAAUGAAUUAGCUUAUACAUUACAUGGUUUCAAAACAUGGUCUAGAGCGACAAAAUCAUUUAAAGAUCAUGAAAAUAGUGCCUCUCACAAAGAAGCUAGUGUUAAAGUGAGUGGAUUUCGUUCAAGUAAAAAAGUUGGGAAUAUUGCAUCGAAUGGCAUAGCUAUACGUGGCCAUAAUGAAAGUGAAGAUUCAUUAAAUAAGGGUAAUUUUCUUGAACUUUUACACCUCAGAGCUAAAAAUAACAACAUUUUGCAAGAAUAUUUUUUACAAAAAGAACAUCAUUACAGAUAUACCAAUGGCACUUACCUCAAUGAAUUUAUUGAUAUAAUGUCAAGUCAAGUUAUUAGAAAUAUAACUUUAGAUAUAAGAAAAGCUAAUAUAUAUAGUAUUUUAAUCGAUGAAACUCAAGAUCUAUCGAGACAUGAGCAAGUUGCUUUUAUUAUUCGGCAUGUUGAUGAAGUAUUUGAACCAAAGGAGGUAUUUUUAGGGUUCUAUAAAACAAAUCGCACUGAUGGAGAAACUCUUGCUAAUUUAGUUAAGGAAGUACUACGUAAUAAUAAUCUACAAAUUGAAAACUUACGUGGACAGUGUUAUGAUGGUGCGGCUGCCAUGCGUGGGCGUUAUAAUGGUGUACAAGCGAAAAUCCGUGAAAUAAAUCCACUUGCGAUGUACGUGCAUUGUUAUGCUCAUAUAUUGAACUUGUGUCUAAUUGAUUUAGCUAAACAGUUAUCUUAUGUCAGAAAUACUUUUGGAUCUUUACAGUCUUUACAUAAUUUUAUUGGAGCUUCGUCAAAACGCAAUGCUAUUUUUGAAACCAUACAGUCAGAAACUGCUUGUACAAGUAAAUCAGUGAGUCUCAAAAGUCUUUGUGAAACAAGAUGGAAUUGUCGCACGGAUGCUUUAAAUUCUGUAUUUACAAAUUUUAGUACAAUAAUUAAUACUCUAGAACAUAUUUCUGAUAAUGACAUAACUCCGGAUCUGAAGCUAAAUCAUUACUAA